GGCAGCACCAGCAGCAUCGGCAGCAGCCCUGGGCGACCUCGAGCGGGGCCGGCGGACGGACAGACCGACAGAGGGCGCCGGGGGCGCGCGGCCCGCCCGGGCCAGCCAUGGAGGGAGCCUCGUUCGGCGCGGGUCGCGCGGGGGCCGCUCUGGACCCCGUGAGCUUCGCGCGGCGGCCUCAGACCCUGUUGCGGGUCGCGUCCUGGGUGUUCUCCAUCGCCGUCUUUGGGCCCAUUAUCAACGAGGGCUACGUGAACUCCGACAGCGGCCCCGAGCUGCGCUGCGUCUUCAACGGGAACGCAGGCGCCUGCCGCUUCGGCGUCGCGCUCGGCCUCGGGGCCUUCCUCGCCUGUGCCGCCUUCCUACUGCUCGACGUGCGCUUCCAGCAGAUCAGCAGCGUCCGCGACCGCCGCCGCGCGGUGCUGCUCGACCUGGGCUUCUCAGGGCUCUGGUCCUUGCUGUGGUUCGUGGGCUUCUGCUUCCUCACCAACCAGUGGCAGCGCACGGCGCCCGGGCCGGGCACGACGCAAGCGGGAGACGCGGCGCGGGCCGCCAUUGCCUUCAGCUUCUUCUCCAUCCUCAGCUGGGUGGCGCUCACCGUGAAGGCCCUGCAGCGGUUCCGCCUGGGUACCGACAUGUCGCUCUUUGCCACCGAACAGCUGGGCGCCGGGGCGUGCCAGGCCUAUCCCGGUUACCCAGUGGGCAGCGGCGUGGAGGGCACCGAGACUUACCAGAGCCCGCCCUUCACCGAGACCCUGGACACAAGCCCCAAAGGGUACCAGGUGCCUGCCUACUAGUGGCUGGCAGGCCUGGACCAGGGCUCGAAGGCCACCCCACCAAUGCAGGGCCCAAAAUCUCCUGGGACCUCCCUUGGGUCCUCCUGGCCCAGUGCCAGGGACAGAGGGGAUGGCCACUAUGGGCCAUCUGGGGCCAAGAGAGGGUAGCCCCCAGGGUGCCUGGGCUGCCUCCGCAAGUUCCGCGUCCCCUUAGUCCCCGGCCCUGGGCCGGAGGUCCUGAGGAGGGGACAGCACAACCCUGGGUGUGUGUCCUCUAGCCUCUAGUGGACCAGCUUGGGCAGGUCCUCUCAUGAGCCAGCCAACCUGGGGCUCAUGUGUUCACUCUGGGGUCAGGGAUCCUGUGGUCCUCCAUGGCCAGGUGCAGGAGCUGCCUUUGCCCUCACCCCCACCCCUUGGCCUGGGGAACAUGGCCACUGUUCCCCAUCCUGUGUCCCUGUGGGUAGUGACGGUCCUUGCCCCUGUCGUGGUGGCUCACCUGUAGGGCCACGUGCUCUGUCUGGAGCCUCCCUCCAUUCCCUCUCACAGGCUCAGAGUAGUCUGGCUCUGUCAAUGUUGUGAUUGUGAUCAAGUCUUCAGGUUUCACCUCCUAGUCUCCCACAAGCAGCCCCUCUGUCUGUGGCCCCUGUUCCAGCCCCUACCUGCCUUGGCCCAGGCCCCUGCCCAGGUGUGGGCAGUUCUGGCCAGGAAGGCACAACAUGCCUAUAGGCCUGGGCACCAGCCCUUCAGUAAAACCUCCCUUGCCUAAGGGAGGCUUAGGACACCUGGGUGCCUGGCAAGACAAGCCCCUCACAGGAGAGUGGCCUAGAGGCUCCAUCUGCCCACAGUGCCCCAGAGAUGGCCAUUCCGUGCAAGCCCCUUUAUGUUGGCUUCCUGGACCAGUCCCUCAACUCCCCACCCUGCCCCCCAUUUUAAGGCCCAUCCCAAGGUUGGGGUUCCUCUGCAUAGCUGACUACUCAUGCAUUGCUCAAAGCUGGCUUUUCACAUUAUGUCAAUACCAAAUGCCGUUGCCACGUUUCAUUCUUACAGACGCCUCCCUCUGGAGUUGCAGUUGAGUGGCAACCCUGUACAUUGUAGCAUAGACUAAUUAUGUGUGGAUAUUUAAGUGAACAUGUUUACAAUUUUUGUAUGUAUGGAUCUCUCCUUUCCUCUUCUGAAAGAACAAUCUGUGAUUGUGUAUUUUCAGUGUCCCAUGUUCUAACUGCAACUUCUUUACAAUAAAGACUGUAAAUGAGUUUACUGUG